CCGGCGCCCAAAGCCAACGAGUCAGAGGUAGUAGUACCACGUGUACUAUGUGUUGACUGUCACCUACACCACUGGUCAGUUCCUGGACCCGGGGAAUUUGGGAUCACGCUCUAAAUUCCUUCCCCGCCGCGAUGAACACCUUGGACGCGUUGUCUUUUACCCAGCAAGGCUGGGAGCAGGUGUUAGCCAAAGCAAAGCGGGCACUGGUCUACCUGGACGCCGCCUGCGCCGAAAGCCUGCACUGGAGCUGUGGCUCCCGGCGGCUGCUCGAGGCAGUGGGCGGACCUGUGUGUGAUCUGCGGGAGUUUGGACCGCAGGCGGCGGGAGGGGGACCGGAACAGCCCAAAGCCGUGUUUGUGCUGAGCUGUCUGCUCAAGGGCCGGACUGUGGAGACCCUGAGGGAUAUUCUCGGUCGGAGCCAUUUCCAGUACUGUGUAGUGGUCACGGCCGUGGGUCACCCCGCCCACCUUACUGCCAGCCACCUGCCAGCCGGGGCAGUGGCUGAGUUGGAAGGGCAGCAGCCUGUCUUUGAGCAGCUGGAGGAGAAGCUGUGUGAAUGGAUGGGCAACAUGAACUACACGGCCGAGGUAUUGCACGCUCCUCUGCUGCUCGCCCCGGUUGCGCCCCAUCUGGCUUUAACCCCGGCCUUCGCCUCCCUCUUCCCUCUUCUACCCCGAGAUCUGAAGUUCCUGAACAGCGCCCGGCCGGACAAGAGGAAGCUGGGAAGCCUGGCUGAGGUGGACGCCUCUACCUUAACCCCAGAGCUCCUCCUGCAAAUCAGAUGCCUAGUGUCCAGCCUCAGCGCCUUUUGUGAAUAUCUUGGCGUCCGAGAGGAAUGUUUUUCUGUUGGGACCCUCAGCCGCAUCAUCGCUGCAGACCUAGCCAACUAUGCACCUGCCAAAAACAGGAGAAAAGCCGCCGCAGGCAGGGCAUCUGUGGUCUUUGUGGACCGGACUUUGGAUCUUACAGGAGCUGUUGGACAUCAUGGAGACAACUUAGUAGAGAAGAUGAUUUCAUUUCUUCCCAAACUUCCAGGCCACACAAAUGAUGUGAUGGUUAAUAUGGUAGAACUCACUGCACUCCAGAAAAAGGAAGAGAAUUAUACCAUAAUAGCACCUGGCUGCUUAGCCCAAUCCAAUGACACACCAGCCAGAGCCCUCUGGGAGUCUUUACUGACUACCAAGCACAAAGAAGCUCUGAUGGAAGUUAGGAGACACCUGGUGGAAGCAGCCAGUAGAGAGAACCUGCCCAUCAAAAUGAGCAUGGGGCGAGUCACUCCUGGGCAGCUCACCUCCUAUAUCCAGCUUUUUAAGAAAAACUUCAGAGCCAUGGAGAGUCACUGUGGUCUCCUGCAACUUGGACUAGCCACAGUCCAAACUUUGAAGCAUCCCCUGUCGGCCAAGUGGGACAACUUUCUGGCUUUUGAAAGGCUGCUUCUCCAGAGUAUUGGGGAAUCAUCGAUGUCCAGUGUGCUGAAUCAGUUGUUGCCCAUAAUCAAGUCUUUUAGCCAGCGGACCAAUGAUGACUACAACCCAGAAGACCUUUUGAUCUUGCUAGUGUACAUUUAUUCGGUUGUUGGAGAAAUCCCAACUGGCAAAAACUUGGAUGCAGCUGAAGAAAUGGUGAAAGUAGCACUAACCAUGGCUUUCUCUGAAGAACCCAAGUUGUCUCCUUUGCUGCAGAAGAUUUUAGGCUGUGAACCAGAAAUUAACCUGACAUUUCAGAAGGCCAGAAUUGCUGUAGAUGAGCUCUUUGAGUUACUUCAUGAUAUCACUGCAGCCCGAAGUCUCAUGAAACAGUUUAAAUCUGUGUAUAUCCCUGGAAACCACACCCAUCAGGCUACCUAUAAGCCAUUGCUGAAGCAGGUUGUGGAGGAGAUCUUUAAUCCAGAGAGACCAGAUCCUGUUGAUAUUGAACCCAUGUCCUCGGGCCUCACUGACCUUCUUAAAACUGGAUUCAGCAUGUUCAUGAAGGUAAGUCGCCCUCAUCCCAGUGACCAUCCGCUCCUGAUCCUCUUUGUGGUUGGUGGAGUGACAAUCUCAGAGGCCAAAAUGGUGAAGGAUCUUGUUUCUUCUCUGAAGCCAGGAACGCAGGUCAUUGUGCUGUCCACGCGACUCCUAAAACCACUUAACAUUCCGGAGCUGUUAUUUGCGACUGAUCGACUUCAUCCAGACAUUGGCAUCUGAGCCAGAUACAUCAGCUAAGAAGAUAAGCCUUCGUUCCCCAGGCUGGAAAUACCUGUACUAUUGUCUGGCACCAGUUGAGAUAUGUCUCCCAAACUGAGCUACCCUGUUACUAAUUGUAGGUAUAAUUGAAUUGGGCCUGGAGGGCCCUGAUAAGUGCUUUGCUUGGAUUGUACCAGUUUUUAAAAAAAAGAGCAUUUUCUGUUUCUGAAGGUGUCCAGCUGUCAUUCCUCCAACUCCCACCUGAUCGGUGAGAAUUCCCAAUUGUUCUAACCCCCUACCUCUUCGCUCUCUGGUGAUUAGAUUUACCAGCUCUUUAAUCCGAAAGAAAUACUUGUUGGCAGUUAUUAGUGUCGUUCAUCUUCUUUUCAGCCAGUCGGUAGUGCCAAUGGGGACACUGACAUUCCAGGCUUUGGAGAAAGGGAGAAAGGAGGGCUUGCUUUUCUUUGCGAUUAGGAACGGGCUUUCACAAACAGGACCAUUGUGAGUAGGGUUUGGGAAUUGCUCUUCCCUUUUAGCCUGAAACUGAGGAAAAGGGGAUUUGGGGGGUUUAACAAGCAGUACAGUGUAAGCUGGCUUGUCCUCCUAAAGCACCAUGAACUCUACUGGCUGCUCUGGGAGGAGCAGAGUGGCCAUUGAGAUGGAUGGCGACCAAGGUCAAGAUUUGGAUCCCACUUCCUCCCGGGAAGCUUUCCUCCCUGCUUCCAGGGAAGGCUGAGUUGGAAAAUAAUUGGUCCCAAUGGGUAUAUAACCCCUUUGAAGUUUCUGUAUGCCUGACCUUUGCUAAUUCUAAUCUGCACUGAAAUGUAAAGCUUCACUUUGUAAAAAUCUAACUUUUCUUUUCAUCAGAAGCUAACCCUGAAGGCUCCAGGAUGGGUAAUGGAAGAGCUCUAAAAAACAAAUGAGCUCUCUGGCCCAAACACUUUGGUAGAUGGACAAAGGACUCCAUAGUUGCUGGGGAACCUCUGUUAAGUCCCAGAAGAUGUUUGCACUAGUUGAUAAAACUGGAAACAAUAGCUCCUGUGAACUGAUGAGCAGGCUGUAGCAAUAAAAUGAGACCAAACAAA